GACUCGGUAGAGUCAUGGAAGCAGAAUGUGCACUGCCGUUUCCAAGGCAACCGCCUCUUAAGUGUUGGGGCUGGACGUUAUUUGAAACUACUUUACAGGGAGGAAGUGACCAACUUGGCGACAACAGCGAGGUCUCUUCUGUGCGUUAAAGGUUUGUUUUAUGGAGAUGGAAUCAGAGGAUCUCGGGCCUGAGAUGGCUUUAGACAAGGACCCCCAAAAAUUGACAGUAGAAGAUGUUUAUGACAUUUCACAUGUAAUUGGCCAGGAUCUACUGAAAAUAAAUAAAGAAGGUCACAGGGUGUCAGAACUUGUAUCAAGUCUUCAAUUUAAGAUUGUUCGUGUUUUGGAAGUACUGGAAGUUUUGGUGAACCAGUCAAGUCUUACAGUCGAAGAGCUAAAGAUGGAGAAGGACAACCUGAAAGCUGAAGUGGAAAGGCUGAUGAGAGACCGUAAUGAAACAGAUACGUCAAGCUUAGGACCAGAUAAAAUGGUUAUAGACCUCACCGACCCAAACCGCCCCCGGUUCACGCUGCAGGAGCUGAGAGAUGUUCUUCAAGAACGAAACAAGUUAAAAGUUCAGCUAUUGGUUGCACAAGAUGAGCUGCAAUGCUACAAAAGUGGUAUUGCUCCCCCAACAGAGGACCAAAUCAUAACAUUAGAACAGGAAUCGGUAAUAACAACCUCUCCACGAGUAAAUGAAAGGAGCAAAAGGAAGUCUUCCGUCAAACAGCUGUUUUCAUUUAAACAAGAGAAGGAAACAUAACAUACUUGUUGCGGCUUUUUUAUUAUUAUUAUUAAUGUAUAUGGACUUUUAAAGUAUGCUAUUGGAAGGUCACACUUUUAUCCAUGGAUAUAUGGAUGUAUGGAUGUAUAAAUAUAUCAGGUGUCACAUAUGUCACUCACCUACCACAAUCAUGUGGUAAACAAGAUGUGGAAAUAAAGUAUGUAGAAGAUUGCAUUUUUAAUGAAAAACUAUAUAAACCUGCCCUGGUACUGAAUAUCCCUGAAAUAAUUGCUUUUUUUAUUGGAACAGAUCAAGCUUGGGCACUGGGCAGUAGUAAGCAUUGUACAUACCCAAGGGUAUACACAGUUAAUCAUACACAUUAUAUAUUGAAAAUAAUUGCUUAUUGAAUAUUUUUUUAUUCAACUGAUUUAAACAUGGAGGUGUUUUGCUGAACAGUAUUGGUGAAAAACCCACUUUUAUAGAAAUAUAGAUCAAUUUAAUACAUUGUAAGUCAAAUUGCUCUCCAAAGCAUUAUCUGUACCUUGCAAUGACAAUAGUAUAUAUUCUGCAUGAAAAAAUAUCCUAGACAAAUCAUAUAAUAAAAAUCUGAAAAUUUCAA